GGACGGGGCAUGCCGAGCUGCUCCGCGGCACCGUGCGCUCCAAUAGCCGACCACGCUUUCGAGCUCUUCAAGGAUUGAUCAUCCGCAACCUGCCUCAGCAAUCGGAGUGUUGAGGUGCUCGCGACCGCCGCGCGCGUGCAUGCCAUCCACGAGGCGUAGUAGCCCCUGACGCUGCAGUUCGGUCUUUUCGCAGCCCUGCGCUGCCCCCCCUGUCCGCCUGUCCCUAGACCUGUUUUGCGUCGGCGGGGAAGACAGUUGACAGGAAGGACACGAUCUUCGUGUCCGAUGCCGAUCUUCAUGCGAGCAGCGAGCCACUACGUUGCGCUGCCAGUGUCGGCUAUGGUAUCCAGGCAUUCGUUGUGCACGUUGACGAUGAGCUCGAAGCCGGUCCGGGUGAACGCGAGCAGCACGGUGAGGUCAACGUCGUACAUCCGCACGUCGAUGCUGAGGCCAGCCAGCAGCGGCAUGACAGAUUGCGGCGUCAGGAGAUUGUGCCAGUAGGUGGCGGGGCUGGGGGCAGACCGGCAGGCGAGGCCUAUGGGCGGGCAGUGCUGUGAGUUAGAGCAGUGUGGCAAUGUUGGUGGUAGUGGUGACACCCUUCGGGAGCGGAAGGAGGCUGGAACUUCAGGCAAACUCUUCUGGAAGAAAGGUGUCUAAAACUAUGAACGGGUUACAGAAAGCAUCGCAAUUAGCCACAAGAUCACUUCGGGAGGCAAGUGCGAUUUCGAUCUCGCAGCCACCUUUUUUUUGUUCUGUUGUGUAUCUAGUAGUUGGAGGAGAUAUGCAGUUUGCACUUGCAUUGGACACGAACUCAGGUCCUCACCAGAUAAGAUCUUGUGAGGGUGAUGGGAUUGACAGGUUGGAAAAAUUAAGUAUUGGGGGCAGAAAGCAGGAGAAAGCUUUGAGAAAUAGGUGCUUUGGUGGUAGAGUUGCUGCAACUACACAAUGUAUUCUUACCUCAGAUGCUUGUCCUGAAACUCUUCAUUCUCAAACACAGUCCUCUAGGAAAAAUUAUGCUGAUGCAAACCGUGUAUCUGCUAUCAUUUUGGGCGGAGGCACUGGAUCUCAGCUCUUUCCUCUGACAAGCACAAGAGCUACGCCUGCUGUACCUGUUGGAGGAUGUUACAGGCUUAUUGAUAUCCCUAUGAGUAACUGCUUCAACAGUGGUAUAAAUAAGAUAUUUGUGAUGAGUCAGUUCAAUUCUACUUCGCUUAACCGCCAUAUUCAUCGUACAUACCUUGAAGGCGGGAUCAACUUUGCUGAUGGAUCUGUACAGGUAUUAGCGGCUACACAAAUGCCUGAAGAGCCAGCUGGAUGGUUCCAGGGUACAGCAGACUCUAUCAGAAAAUUUAUCUGGGUACUCGAGGAUUAUUACAGUCACAAAUCCAUUGACAACAUUGUAAUCUUGAGUGGCGAUCAGCUUUAUCGGAUGAAUUACAUGGAACUUGUGCAGAAACAUGUCGAGGACGAUGCUGAUAUCACUAUAUCAUGUGCUCCUGUUGAUGAGAGCCGAGCUUCUAAAAAUGGGCUAGUGAAGAUUGAUCAUACUGGACGUGUACUUCAAUUCUUUGAAAAACCAAAGGGUGCUGAUUUGAAUUCUAUGCUACUGAUGUUGCAGAGAGUUGAGACCAACUUCCUGAGCUAUGCUAUAGAUGAUGCACAGAAAUAUCCAUACCUUGCAUCAAUGGGCAUUUAUGUCUUCAAGAAAGAUGCACUUUUAGACCUUCUCAAGUCAAAAUAUAUUCAAUUACAUGACUUUGGAUCUGAAAUCCUCCCAAGAGCUGUACUAGAUCAUAGUGUGCAGGCAUGCAUUUUUACGGGCUAUUGGGAGGAUGUUGGAACAAUCAAAUCAUUCUUUGAUGCAAACUUGGCCCUCACUGAGCAGCCUUCCAAGUUUGAUUUUUAUGAUCCAAAAACACCUUUCUUCACUGCACCCCGAUGCUUGCCUCCGACGCAAUUGGACAAGUGCAAGAUGAAAGAUGCAUUUAUCUCAGAUGGUUGCUUACUGAGAGAAUGCAACAUCGAGCAUUCUGUGAUUGGAGUCUGCUCACGUGUCAGCUCUGGAUGUGAACUCAAGGACUCCGUGAUGAUGGGAGCGGACACCUAUGAAACUGAAGAAGAAGCUUCAAAGCUACUGUUAGCUGGGAAGGUCCCAGUUGGAAUAGGAAGGAACACAAAGAUAAGGAACUGUAUCAUUGACAUGAAUGCUAGGAUUGGGAAGAACGUGGUGAUCACAAACAGUAAGGGCAUCCAAGAGGCUGAUCACCCGGAAGAAGGGUACUACAUAAGGUCUGGAAUCGUGGUGAUCUUGAAGAAUGCAACCAUCAACGAUGGGUCUGUCAUAUAGAUCGGCUGCGUUUGCGUCUACAAAACAAGAACCUACAAUGGUAUUGCAUCGAUGGAUCGUGUAACCUUGGUAUGGUAAGAGCCGCUUGACAGGAAGUCGAGCGUUCGGGCGCAAGAUGCGUUGUCUGGCAUGCUGUUCCUUGACCAUUUGUGCUGCUAGUAUGUACUGUUAUAAGCUGCCCUAGAAGUUGCAGCAAACCUUUUUAUGAACCUUUGUAUUUCCAUUACCUGCUUUGGAUCAACUAUAUCUGUCAUCCUAUAUAUUACUAAAUUUUUACGUGUUUUUCUAA